AUGGAUUAUGACGAGGAAAAUAACAGUACAGUUACAGAAUAUUCAAUAGAUCCAAAACCUAUUUUAUUUAGUAUAUUAUUAUUCGUUGAAAUUGCAUCUAUUCUAUGUAGUCUUAUUAUAUUAAUUUAUUUUUUCUUUCAUUGGAAAUCAAUGAUAAAUAAAGCAUUACAAAAUCAUGUUAUUUUUCUUCUUAUUAUUGUUUCACUUUUAUAUACAACUCUUGAUUUACCAUUUACACUUAAUUCUCAACGUAUUGGUUAUGAUUAUCCUCAAACAGUAUCAUUUUGUCGUUGGUGGUAUUGGAUAGAUUGGACACUUCUAGUUAAUAGUCUUUAUCUAACAGCUAUUGCUAGUAUACAACGACAUAUACUUAUAUUUCAUAAUCAUUUAUUACAAAUAAAUCGAAUACGAUUAAAACUUUAUUAUAUUCCAUUAAUAUUUUCAAUAAUUUAUCCAGCUACUUUUUAUCUUAUAACGAUUUAUUUUUAUCCAUGUGAAAUGCCAACAUAUGAUUAUGUUCAAUAUUGUCCAUAUCCAUGUUAUUGUGAUAAUCUUAUUUUAUAUACUAUAGAUUAUAUGAUUAAUACGGUCUUUCCAGUUGUUAUUAUUAUUAUUAUAGCAAAUAUAAUAUUAGUAUGUCGAGUAAUUCAUUCAAUGAAAAAAAUUCGUCGAAAUCAUUUUGAUAUUUGGAAAAGACAAAAAAAAUUAACUUUACAAUUACUUUCGAUUUCAUUAUUAUAUAUAAUAGGAUGGGGUCCCGUUACAGUUGUCUCUGUCAUACAAAUGUUUUUUAUGCCGAAUAUUUAUGAUGACAUACCGGAUAUUUAUUAUGUUACUUUUUCAAUAUAUUUUAUUUGUACAAUGCAAUCAUUUAUAAGUUUAUUUGCAUUACCAGAAUUAUUGAGUUUUAUUAAGAAGAAAUUGAAACAAAUAUUAUCAAAAGAAACAGUCACACCUGUACAAACAAUUCUUCCAACUCGUUAA